AUGAGUUACCAACAUCGCGACCUUCCUUCGCAUACUGUUCUUCACGGACAAGAGCAUAGCAGAUGCAGUGAGGAAACGACUGGGAAGCGGCAGUUCCUUCACGAAAGUCAAAGCACACACGGGUGGAAGAUGUUGGGCGCGAAUCAAGGGUCUCUAGGAAUGGAAGGCGACAUCCAUUCCGCAGUUGUCUGUGACGUUGAGACGACUGCUCCAACGUUAGGCAACGAACCAUCUGGUGACGUCUCCGACAGUCCAUUCAGCGACAGAUCACCCACUGUACCGCUCGAGCACUGCCAAAACGCUCUUUUCUUCUCUUUAUUUGAACACAGCACCAAAGUGUACUUCCAGGAAUGGGCCCCCCUCUUCCCUAUGUUACACGAACCCACAUUUCGGAAACUUCUUGGCAACUCUAUCUCCGGCCCCGAGAUAGAUUAUCUUUGCGACGAGCUCGCUCAGAUCUACCUUGUUAUCGACAUUACCGGUCUAUCAUCCAAUGUCGCGGACCCCGAACAAUUCCCUAUGGUCACACAAAUAUGGAGAGACGCACUCAGCUCAAGUUUUCCUCACAAGAGCAUUCAUGCUCUCCAAUCCUUGACUCUUGCAACUCUUUGUUGCAUCAUACGUGCAGAGCGUGAUGGAGCUAUACACUACAGAAACAGGGCCAUUUGUCUUUCCAACCUCUUGGAACUUCACCGAGACUGUGCCCACGACCUUAAUGGACCACUCUCAACUCUUACUCUUGAGAUGAACAAGAGGGUCUUCUGGACCCUCUACACGCUAGACUGCUUUUGCGCGGCUACGUUUAGCUUGCCAACGAUGCUGAAGACUACGGAUGUUACUGCCAGCUAUCCUUCCGAUAUUGACGACGAAUAUAUCAUUGAGAAUGGGGUUUCGCCUAGGCCUCAUGACCCAAACACUCGAAUGUCUCGGGCGCUGGCCUUGUUCAAGGCAGCUCGUGUACUCGGCGAACUCCUUGACCUGACGUGUACCACGUUUGCUCUUCCCCAAUUGCGAGAUCAGCAAACGGAGCCUCUCCAAAACAAACUCGACGUAUGGUAUGCCCAGCUGCCAUAUCACUUAUCGCUUGAGGCUGUGGUGGGGAAACCUCUUAAAUAUAUCAUAUGCAGUCACCCAUAUCUCAUGUCUAUCAUUUUCUACUAUAUCAAAUGCCAGAUUUCCCUUCGUACUAUUCGCCCUGGCCAGCGAUCAAAGGUUAAUCAUAUCUUUGGAGAAAGCCGCAAGUCCUGCGGGUGCAUUAUCAACCUCCUUAAGUGUUUUGACGAGCUUGGUUUCAGCUUUUGCUUCUGCCUUAACAAAAACAGUCUUUUGGCCUUCUGUAACGAUGUUCAAAGUUCAUCUCCGGGUAGGCUAUAUUUCACAGCCUAA